UCAGCACCACGAACAGCGCCGCGAGGAUGAACGGGCUGACGGCGCCGGCGCCCGGCCCGGGAGGCUCCAUCGCCAUGAAGGACCACGAUGCCAUCAAGCUCUUCAUCGGCCAGAUCCCGCGGAACCUGGAGGAGAGCGACCUCAAGCCCCUCUUCGAGGAAUUCGGCAAGAUCUACGAACUCACCGUGCUCAAGGAUCGCUUCACCGGCAUGCACAAAGGUUGUGCCUUUCUUACAUACUGUGCCCGGGACUCAGCCCUUAAAGCUCAGAGUGCCCUUCAUGAACAGAAGACACUGCCUGGGAUGAACCGUCCAAUCCAAGUGAAACCAGCAGAUAGCGAAGGCCGGGGAGAAGACAGGAAGCUUUUUGUAGGCAUGUUGGGGAAGCAACAAAGUGAGGACGACGUCCGGCGACUCUUCGAACCCUUCGGACAGAUUGAAGAAUGCACCAUCCUCCGAGGCCCCGAUGGAGCCAGUAAAGGAUGUGCCUUUGUCAAAUACGGAAGCCACGCAGAAGCUCAAGCCGCCAUUAGCACUCUCCACGGAAGUCAAACCAUGCCGGGUGCGUCCUCCAGCUUAGUUGUGAAGUUUGCCGACACGGACAAGGAGCGGACUUUGCGGCGGAUGCAUCAGAUGGCAGGACAGCUGGGCAUCUUUAAUCCCAUGACGAUCCAGUUUGGAGCCUACGGAGCAUACACACAAGCGAUAAUGCAGCAGCAGGCAGCGCUCAUGGCUGCCGCACAAGGAAGUUGUCUCAACCCCAUGGCAGCCAUCGCGGCAGCACAGAUGCAGCAGAUGGCUGCUUUCAACGUGAGCGGCUUGGUGGCGGCUCCUAUGACACCCUCGUCAGGUACAAGCACACCUCCAGGGAUCAGCACAGCUCCAGUCCCCAGCAUAGCUACCCCCAUUGGCGUCAAUGGGUUUAGCCCUCUCCCACCACAGACUAACGGACAGCCAGCAUCGGAAACCAUUUACACCAAUGGGAUCCAUCCGUACCCGGCUCAAAGUCCCACCGUGGCAGAUCCCUUGCAACAAGCCUACGCUGGCAUGCAACACUAUGCAGCAGCAUAUCCAGCCGCCUAUGCACCAAUCAGCCAAGCCUUCCCACAGCAAACUCCCAUCAUCCCCCAACAACAGAGAGAAGGUCCUGAAGGCUGUAACCUCUUCAUUUAUCACCUGCCCCAAGAGUUUGGCGAUGCAGAACUCAUGCAGAUGUUCCUGCCUUUUGGCAGUGUCAUCUCUGCCAAAGUCUUCGUUGAUCGUGCCACCAACCAAAGUAAAUGCUUUGGUUUCGUCAGUUUUGACAAUCCAACUAGUGCCCAGGCAGCCAUUCAAGCCAUGAACGGCUUCCAGAUCGGCAUGAAGAGGCUAAAGGUCCAAUUAAAGAGGCCAAAAGAUGCAAAUCGACCCUACUGAUCCCUGUUCACCCCGGCUCGGAAAACAGACCAGGCCAAUCAUAGCUCCAAGGAUGACCCCACAGUUGCCUAGCAACCCUCUAGCUGUUAUGGGAGAUCCAAUCACAAAACUCUCCCUUCCAAAUUAUCUGAAACUGUAAGUGACUUCACUCAUGUUGUCAUCGACCUCUCUCCGAUGACGCCAUGUGGCCAGUUGUAAUCUUGUUGCAUGAACUUGACGUUGAUCUUUCUAUAUCUCUGCUUUAUUUAUUUAUUUAUUUAUUUAUUAUUAUUAUUAUCAGUUCUUCUUCCCACCCACCCCUUCCUCUUCUCUUCUGGCGGUUGUGCAGUGCCAUAUUGAUGCCCAUGAUGGAUAGUUUUUGGAGUGCUGAUUGGUCAGUCUUUUUACUAGUUGUGGAUUCUUUGAGCCCAUAAAUUCCACUUUGUCCUCCUUUGUAUCUUCUUCUUUUCCUCUCUGUUGUGACGUGACAAUGAUGUAUGUGCCCUUUAUGUAUGAUCAUGAUGGCUGGAUAAAACGGUUGGGGUUGACCUAAGAAAUCAGGUUGUAGAAGGAAUAGCAAGAUACGUUACUCAUUUCCCUAUCUAGCUUCCCAGCUCCCCAAACAUGACACACUCUCUGAAGUUAACUCAAAAGAUUCCUUUAUUAGGAGCGCCGGCAGCCCCGGCAAAAGUUUUCUCUCUCAACGCAGGCUAACAAGUCUGUCCGGCCGGGAGAUGAAUAGUUGUCUGCCACACCUAUUCAUCUCCACCCCCUGCCUUUUAUCCCCAGAACUAGGGUGAGAUUUCGCUAGCAGCGGUGGCUCUUCCGUCCCAAGGACCAGCCCAUAGAUUUCCACUGCUCUCCUCUCCUCUGCCUUCUGUGCAUCUGUGCAUCAGGCACUGGACCCAGCUGUUCUUCCUCUUCCUCAUCAGCCACCUCCAGACCUGGGGUCUGUUGACUCUCCAUCUGGGGGUUGACGGACGGCCCAGGCUCUGCCUCUGUCUCUCUCUCUCUCUGACAGCUCCAUUCCCUCUUCCCCCUCGGAGCUCUCAGGUUGCCUUAUCGCUGGCCCUGACUCCCACACCAUCUCCUCCUCCUCUGAUUCGGCUGCCGGAGGGACCGGCAGCCAACGGGCCACAACACCCUGUUUUCCUCAUGCGACUUCCGAUGUGUUGGAUCUGAACUUUCAUAAUCCUCUUCUCUGGGUUGUUCAAGCAGCAUCUAGAGAACUAUCUUACAGAGGUACUUUAAUUUGGAUUUCUGCUUUGGAGGUUUGGAUUAAAUGGCCCCUUCCAAUUCCUAGGAUUCCGAACGUUUAUGGAAACUCAAGUCCAACAUAUCUGAGGAUCGCCAGGCUUGAAAAUUAUAAUUGUUUAUAUUUAUAGUUGCUGCAUUACCCCCUCAAAAAAGGACUAUCAUUGCACAAGCUUAAAAACCAUAAGGACCUUCCUUUGGUUGAUACCCAAUGCUCUUUUAUAGCAGAUAAGAGCAAGCGGAUGCUUUGCCUGCAUAAGAUUCAGAGUCCAUUCCCUGCAUUUCCAAAGGGUGCUGGGAAGAAGUAUCUGAAACUUGAGGGAACUUGCCAAUAAGCUCACAGUACUGGAUCAACAGAUCAGGGAUCCGAUGUGGUAUAUAAGCAGCUCUGAACUGUGAUGGUUCAACAGCAGCGUCAGUUCCGAUUAGAAUUUGGACGAGACACCCCCUAAGACCAGAAGUUGGACAAGGAGGUCAAAAACCAAUCCACAAGAAGGCAGUGUUGUUGCCAAGAUCAUUAAGAUGAUCCUCUAGAUCAUGGGUCUCCAACCUCGGCAACUUUAAGCCUGGAGAACUUCAACUCCUUCUGGGAGUUGAAGUCCUCCAGGCUUAAAGUUGCCAAGCUCGGAGACCCCUGCUUUAGAUCACUAAAUCCCCACAAGUCAAUUGCAUCUCAAGGGAUAUUUUCUUUUAUACUUUAAUGUAAAUAUAUUCAAUAGACAGGAGGGGGGCGGGAACUCUGAAACCUGACCUAAAGGGACAUGUAAGAGUCCAUCCACAUCUCCUGACAAUCCCUUGGACGUAAAUGGAACUGGAGAAUCUUGGCCCAGUCAUACAUUUAAAAGUCAACCGGGGGGCAUUUAGAACCAAUUCUUUUUUCUGUGAGAUGGAGAGACACCAGUUAAGAUUCCAGGUUAAGAGAAAUCCUAGAGCGGUCUUUCUCAACCUUGACCCCUUUAAGAUGUGUGGACUUCAACUCCCAAAAUUCCUCAGCCAGCCAUACUCAAUUCUGGGAAUUGAAGUCCACACAUUUCCAAGACUCUGAACACAGUGCUUCUCAACCUUUGCGAUUUUAAGACAAGUGGACUUCACCUCCCAACUUCAGCAUGGCUGCCUGGAGAAUUCCCUGGGAGUUGAAGCCCACAUGUCUUAAAGCAGCCAAGGUUGAAGAAGGCUGUCCUAGAGACUAGCUAGGCUUCAGAAUCCAGCUUUUUUGGAGGGCGGACAUUGAAUGCUGUUGUCAGAGUUUCAAGUAACAUCCUCAAUGAAAGAAAACUCCAGAGCUUGAGUUUCUUCAAAGUUACAUUGUAUUAGAGAUGUCAUAUUGGCACAUCUCUCAGGGACGCGGUGGCUCAAUGGCUAAGAUGCUGAGCUUGUUGAUCGAAAGGCCGGCAGUUCAGCGGUUCGAAUCCCUAGUACCGCGUAACGGGGUGAGCUCCCGUUACUUGUCCCAGCUUCUGCCAACCUAGCAGUUCGAAAGCACGUAAAAAAUGCAAGUAGAAAAAUAGGGACCACCUUUGGUGGGAAGGUGACAGCGUUCCGUGCGUCUUUGGCAUUUAGUUAUGACCAUGGAGAUGUCUUCAGACAGCGCUGGCUCUUUGGCUUUGAAACGGAGAUGAGUACCACCCUCUAGAAUCGGGAAUGGCUAGCACAUAUGUGCGAGGGGAAUCUUUACCUUUACCUUUAUUGGCACAUCUGGGAAAACCCGAAUCUGAAAGUUUCCAGGUUUUCCCCACCCAAAGGAAAGUUCAAGUCCCUGCCCAACACCCACAAUCAAGUCCAUUACGUGGCCCAAUCAAACAUCAUUCCAACUGGAGAUGCCUCCCAGUUCCAGCCUUCCAGGUUGCAGGGCAAGAUGUCCUUGACUUCUUGAGAAAGGAAUGUUAUUAUGACUAUAUAUCACCCUUGCUCCAUACAAUCCCCCCUCCCAGUUUCCCACAGUAGUAAACGUGGCAGGUCUGAAGGCCUAAUACAAAAGAUGGCUUCCAAGCCUGGCCGCUGUUGCCCUUUGGAGGAGCCCCAAUUAGGACAUGAUUCCCUUCCCCCCCAUAUCAAGACUUUUGGAGGCCUUCAGUCAGCAGAAGUUCCUCAAAGGACGACGCGUGUCUUCCUCUCUUCGCCCUCCUUCACCUUCUCCCUCUGUCUUGCAGAUUGGAUGCCACGCGGCAUACGAAGAGUAUUUCCCCUUGUCCCAUGUGCCGUAUCCAGAACUUGUUAACUUUCUUUGCAACAUAUCACGGCGGAAAAAAGGAAGCGA